CUAUUGUGCCCACACAUGCACAGAGAGGGAGAGAGACUCACAUAUACACAGCAGUCUCUUGACUUGAGCCUUAUCUUCUUCUCUCAUUGAAUUUUUGGUGCUUUGUAUAGUUGUCCAGAAUGGCUCAGUUAGUUGGUGCAGAUGAUAUUGAGUCACUGAAAAAUGAGAUUUCAGAGAUAGGAAGAAGUUUGAGAUCAUCUUUUCGGUAUUACGCCUCCAGUUUCCGUACGAAUUCAAGUUCUCUGGAGGACAAUGCCAAUGAUGAGUAUUUGGAGCAAUGGGCUGAAAUCAAUAGAUUGCCUAGUUAUCGACGCUUGAGGUCAUCUCUAGUUGAUUAUAAUGAUGAAGGAGACACACUUGAUGCUAAGGGAAAGAGAAUAGUUGAUGUUUCUACUAUUGGUGCUUUAGAAAGACAUAUGUUUAUUGAGAAGCUCAUUAAGCAUAUUGAGAAUGACAAUCUACGUUUGUUGCACAAGCUAAGAAAAAGAAUUAACAAAGUUGGUUUGAAGUUGCCCACUGUUGAAGUGAGAUACAAUAAUCUGCAUGUGGAAGCAGAGUGCGAAGUCGUUCAUGGCAAGCCCCUACCGACUAUAUGGAAUUCUCUGCAAAGCAUGUUUUUUUAUACUGCCAAGCUUGCUGGUUUGAAGUCGACAAAGGCCACAAUAAACAUCAUUAACGAAGUUAGUGGUAUCAUCAAGCCUGGAAGAAUGACUUUGCUGCUUGGUCCUCCAGGAUGCGGGAAGACCUCUUUACUGAAAGCACUUUCUGGAAACCUAGACAAAUCUCUGAAGUGUGGUGGAGAGAUAUCUUAUAAUGGCUAUAAACUUGAAGAGUUUGUCCCUCAGAAAACAUCUGCUUAUAUAAACCAAUAUGAUCUUCAUAUCCCGGAGAUGACUGUAAGGGAAACACUUGAUUUUUCAGCCCGCUGUCAGGGCAUUGGAAGUCGAGCAGAGUUGAUGGUUGAGGUCAGCAGGAGGGAGAAAGAGGCAGGAGUAUUUCCGGAUCCCGAUAUAGAUACCUAUAUGAAGGCGAUAUCUGUUGAAGGACAAAGUGCCACCCUUCAGACUGACUACAUUUUAAAAAUUCUUGGCCUCGAUAUAUGUUCAGACAUACUAGUUGGAGAUGCCAUGAGAAGAGGCAUAUCUGGUGGUCAGAAGAAGAGAUUGACUACAGGGGAGAUGAUUGUUGGCCCAACAAAGGCUCUAUUUAUGGACGAAAUAUCAAAUGGCUUAGAUAGUUCCACCACAUAUCAGAUUAUUUCAUGUCUCCAGCAACUGGCUCACAUUACAGAUGCAACCAUAAUUGUGUCACUUCUUCAGCCUGCACCAGAAGCAUUUGACAUGUUUGACGACAUCAUAUUGAUGGCAGAAGGAAAAAUUGUGUAUCAUGGACCACGCAGUCGGAUUCUAGAAUUUUUUGAGGAAUGUGGGUUUAGGUGCCCUGAAAGGAAAGGAGUGGCUGACUUUCUACAGGAGGUUAUCUCCAUGAAAGAUCAAGCACAAUACCGUUACAGAACUGAACAAAGUUAUGAAUAUGUUUCUGUAGACACACUAUCUAGAAUGUUUAGAGAAUCCUCCAUUGGUAAGAAGUUGAAUGAGGAGAUGUCCCAGGAAUUUAUCAAGUCAGAUAAUCAUAAGAAAUCAAUUUCACAUAGUGUAUACUCUGUGUCAAAAUGGACGCUUUUCAAAGCCUGCAUGUCAAGGGAAAUUAUUCUGAUGAGGAGGAAUUCGUUCAUUUACAAAUUCAAAACAAUUCAGCUUUUUAUAAUUGCCUCUAUCACAAUGACUGUAUUUUUGCGAACUCGGCUGGAAGUUGAUGCUUCACAUGCAAACCAAUAUCUAAGUUCCCUCUUCUAUUCUCUCGUUAUUCUUUUAGUUGAUGGAUUUCCAGAAUUAACCUUGACUGUAGCGCGACUUUCAGUUUUCUACAAACAGAGAGAAUUGUGUUUCUACCCAGCAUGGGCAUAUGCAAUUCCAGCUGCCAUUCUGAAGAUUCCGCUUUCUAUAUUGGAAUCUUUAGUUUGGGUAUGUCUGACGUACUACGUCAUUGGGUACAGCCCAGAACCUGAGAGGUUUUUUCAACAGUUACUUCUAUUAUUUUCUGUGCACUGGACAUCAAUCUCUAUGUUCCGGUUCUUGGCAUCUUUCUGUAGGACUUCAAGUGCUGCUACAACUGUUGGUAGCGUGUCAAUACUAUUUGUACUAGUAUUUGGUGGAUUCAUCAUCCCAAGACCCUCAAUGCCAUCUUGGUUGAAGUGGGGAUUUUGGGUGUCCCCGAUAACAUAUGGUCAGAUAGCCCUUACUUUGAAUGAGUUUCAUGCUCCAAGAUGGGAGAAGAUGCUGUCCACGAACACAACAAUAGGGCAUCAAACUCUCGUUGAUCGUGGACUGGACUUCAGUGGGCGCUAUCUUUGGGUAUCUCUUGCUGCCUUAUUUGGGUUUAUAUUGUUUUUCAAUGUUGGAUUUAUCUUGGCCUUAACUUUCAUAAAUGCUCCUAGCUCUCGUGCAAUCAUAUCAAGUGAAAAGCUAUUAGAAAUAAAGGGAAGUGAAGAAAACACAAAGAAUGCGACUGUUGAAGAGAAAACCAGAAAAAGAGGAAGAAUGGUUCUUCCUUUUAUACCUGUUAGUGUUGUGUUCCAAAAUGUUCACUACUAUGUCGACACCCCUUUGGAAAUGAUUGAACGUGGAUUCAGUCAGAAAAAACUCCAACUGCUUUGUGAUAUUACUGGUGCAUUUAGACCUGGUGUUCUUACUGCACUGAUGGGAGUCAGUGGAGCUGGUAAAACAACACUUCUUGAUGUUCUUGCUGGUAGAAAAACCAGUGGCACCAUCAAAGGUGAAAUCAAGAUUGGAGGAUAUCCCAAGGUUCAAGAAACAUUUGCUAGAAUCUCGGGAUACUGUGAGCAAUCUGACAUACACUCUCCUCAAGUUACUGUCGAAGAAUCGGUGAUUUUUUCUGCUUGGCUACGUCUUCAACCACAGAUUGAUGCAAAAACUAAAUCGGAUUUUGUGAGGGAUGUCCUUGAGACUGUUGAACUAGAUGGGAUAAAAGAUUCCUUAGUUGGCAUGCCAGGUGUUAGUGGUCUAUCAACUGAGCAACGCAAGCGUCUAACUAUAGCUGUAGAGCUCGUCUCUAACCCCUCAAUCAUUUUCAUGGAUGAACCUACUACUGGACUGGAUGCAAGAGCAGCAGCUAUUGUUAUGCGGGCCGUAAAGAAUGUCGUUGAUACCGGAAGAACCAUUGUUUGCACCAUUCAUCAACCUAGUAUUGACAUAUUUGAGGCAUUUGACGAGUUAAUUCUGUUGAAAUCCGGCGGGCGUGUUAUCUACUCUGGACCACUGGGUCUGCAUUCAAGUCGAAUCACUGAUUACUUUGAGGGCAUCUUAGGAAUACCAAAGAUCAGAAAAAAUUAUAAUCCAGCAACAUGGAUGUUGGAGGUUACUUCUAUAUCCGCAGAAGCUGAGCUUGGUUUAGAUUUUGCACAGGUUUAUGAGAGUUCUAUUUUGCAUGAGAGAAAUGAAGAGCUAGUCACGAGCUUGAGUACUCCACCUGCAGGUUCUGAGGAGUUGCAUUUUUCCACGCGCUUUUCACAAAAUGGCAUUGGACAGUUCAAAUCCUGUUUAUGGAAACAGAAUUUGUCUUAUUGGAGAAGUCCUUCAUACAAUUUCAAUCGUUUUAUGCAUAUGAUAUUCUCAUCUGUUACUUUCGGGAUUCUGUUUUGGGAUCAAGGACAGAAACUAGAUAACCAACAGAAUUUGUUUAGCAUAUUUGGUUCGAUGUUUUCAGCUACUAUAUUUUGUGGCAUAAAUAAUGCCUCCUCAGUUCUACCAUACAUUUCAACAGAACGCAAUGUUUUCUAUCGGGAAAAAUUUGCUGGGAUGUAUGCUCCAUGGGCUUAUGCACUUGCACAGGUGAUAAUUGAGGUACCUUAUCUAUUGGCACAAUCAAUUGCUUAUGUGUUAAUCACAUAUCCAAUGAUUGGAUAUUCUUGGAAUGCUUACAAGGUGUUUUGGUACUUCUACUCCAUGUUCUGCACUUUGUUGUAUUUCACAUAUAUGGGGAUGAUGAUUGUUUCAUUCACGCCUACGUAUCCAGUCGCUGCAAUUCUACAGAGUUCCUUCUACACUAUGUUUAACCUGUUCUCUGGGUUUAUUAUUCCUCAACCAAAAAUUCCCAAGUGGUGGUUAUGGUUCUAUUACCUCAUACCUACUUCUUGGACUCUAAAUGGCAUGCUUACCUCCCAGUAUGGAGAUGUAGAGAAGGAGAUUAUUGUGUUUGGAGAAAAGAAGACAGUUGCAGCGUUUGUAAAGGAUUACUUUGGAUUUCACCAUGAUCGCUUGCCAAUGGUUGGUGUGAUUUUGAUGUUAUACCCAAUUAUAUUUGCUUCAAUUUUUGCAUAUUGUAUAGGGAAGUUGAAUUUCCAAAGGAGGUGAAUGUUGUAAAGUACUUGUGCUACUUAUCAAAAUUUAGGCAUAAAAGUUGUCCUUUGAUGGAUCUACAUAUGGGAUUUAUGUAAAUUUGUAUGUAUAUUCAGUAUGUUUUUUCUGUGUCAAUUAAAUGUUUAAUUAGUAA